AUGUUUUCUCAAGUGUUUGAAGAUAUCAAUUCAAUGUUCUCCACUACCAAUUCAUUCUUUGCAUCUCACUCGUCUACUACAUCUCCAUUUGAUAAUAUGCGUCGAAACUCUGGCUUCCAACAACAACAACAACAACAGCAGCAGCAGCAACCAAUGAAGAAGGUGGUCAAACCGUACGGAGAACCACUACACGAUCAAUUUAUUAGAGGUGAUGAUAUACACCAUAAAUGCGAGGUAACACUACAUGAUCUAAUGUAUGGCAAGAUAAUUAAACUAUCACUUCCGAAAGUCGUCAAGUGUCUACAUUGUGAUGGAUGUGGAGGUUUAAAUGUCAAAACAUGUAAAACGUGUCUUGGCCUGGGGAAAGUCAUGAUUAUCCAAUAUAAUCAAUUUGCUCAAUAUAAACAAACUAGUUCUUGUGCAUCGUGUCACGGUACGGGUACAUACAUGAGACCACAAGAUAAAUGCAUAUAUUGUGAUGGAGGAUAUGUGGAAACCACCAAGAUUAUUCAAGUUUAUGUUCCACCAGGUGCUAAAUCUGGUGAUGUUAUCAUUAUAAGGGGAGAGUCGGACGAAGGUAAGAACAUUAUACCGGGGGAUUUAAUUAUAGAGCUUCGGCAAAAACCGCAUCCGUAUUUGGUACGCAAAAAUAACGACUUAUUUAUGAAUUACGAAUUGGAUUUGAAAACAGCGUUGUUGGGAGGAGAAGUGAUGGUACCCAAUUUCUUACGCAUGGGACAAUUUCUCAAAAUAUACAUUAACUGUCAUGGCCAGCAGUCAAUAAAUAAUGAAAAAGUACAAGAGGGGGAAAUUGUGGGUACAAUAAAUACCAACGAGCCUAAAGUGAUUAAUGGCUUGGGUAUGCCAAUUAAUACAAAUGCAUCUUAUAAUAAUGGCAGAAUUGUUCAACCAAAUGAUAGACAAGAUCCAUCGUAUGUCGAGAAUAUGAUGUUGAGCGAUCAAGUAUUUCAUCGUGGUAACUUGUAUAUCAACUUCCACGUCAAGAUGCCAUCAUCCAAUGACUUUAGUGAACAGAGUCUUGUUGAUUUGCAAAAAAUAUUGCCAACCACUUCCACAUAUAUUCCUUCACCGAGUGAUUCAAUUGUGGAAGGACACUUGUCGAAUGUUGGCCCUGCUACAAAAAAGAGAAAGAUUGUUGAUUAG